GCUUACUAUAAUAGAUAAGUUCUAGACGUCUACGUGAUCGACGAGCUCCACACGUGACGCCACUCCGGAGCUGUGGCCGCAGAGCUACAGCGAGCCGAUGCCGAAGAUGUUCUCCGACUGGAUCAACUUCCACUGGUGCACUUCAUUCGUCCACAGAGCGAGCAGCAAGUCGCAAUCAUUUGACUCCGAUCAAUUGCGCUCAAACGCUCCGCCGCUCCUACUCUCGUAACCGAAGCUGUCCGAAUACAACCUGGGCCGCAGCCUGCGGGCUAACAGACCAUCCGUACCACCCGAUACACCCACCUCGAUGACGGACUCCGCUGCACCCGCCGCGCCCAAGCCGAGCAGCAGCGUCAAGCUCGUGCUGCUCGGCGAGGCGGCCGUCGGAAAGUCCUCCCUCGUCCUCCGCUUCGUGAACAACGAGUUCCAACCCAACAAAGAGCCCACCAUCGGUGCCGCCUUCCUAACCCAAAAAUGCCAGCUCCCUAACCGAACGAUCAAAUUCGAGAUCUGGGAUACCGCAGGUCAAGAACGCUUCGCCAGUCUGGCGCCGAUGUACUAUCGCAACGCGCAAGCCGCACUCGUCGUCUACGACGUCACUAAGGCUUCUAGUAUCACGAAGGCGAAACAUUGGGUCGCGGAGCUACAGCGGCAAGCUAGUCCCGGCAUCGUGAUCGCGUUCGUAGGCAACAAGGUUGAUCUAUGCGAUGAUGAUGCGCCGGAAGGUGAAGCUGCGGAGGGUGGGGAGGCUGAGGGCGAGGAAGACGCUACGGUACGAAAAGUGAGCUUCAAGGAGGCCAAGGCUUACGCGGAGGAGGAGAACUUGCUGUUCUUCGAGACAAGCGCGAAAACGGGACAUAAUGUUAGUGAAGUGUUUACGGCGAUUGCGAAUGCAAUACCCGAGACGAGUUUGAAAACGUCUAGGGGCGCAGCGACGGGUGCUGGGACGCAGGCGGCGAUCAGUGCGGGCCAGGAUGGCAGUAAGGUGAACUUGAAUGCGAGGGGUGGUGAUAAGCCGCAAGAGGGGUGUGCUUGCUGAGGUAGAGACGGAAUCCAUAGGAGUAGGGGUUGUGACAAGGCAUGGCGUUAGGGUGUAACAGGCGAAUGUUACGA